UGUUAGAGGAGAGCACUGAUCAGACAUUCACCACACUGACACUGACACUUUGAGGGCUGACGCGAAGGCUGAGUGACAGACUACGUUUCUGUAUUUUACGCAAGAAAGCAAAGUGCACAAGAGCUGCAGGGUCGCACAUCAUGGGAGGGAAGGCAUUCAUCAUCGUGAUCAUGUCAGGGCUGUGUACCCUCCCCUCAUGUUUUCCUCGUCACUACCACCUUAUUGAACAGAAUAAGACCUGGAGUGAAGCCCAGAGCCACUGCAGGCAGCAUCACACAGAUCUGGCCACCGUAGCCAGUAAGGAGGAAGUGGACGCACUGAACGAUGUUUUGGCCGAACAUGAUCAGGAUGACGUGUGGAUAGGGCUGCACGGCGGGUGGAGGUGGUCUCUGGAAAAUAAGACUUACUAUGGUGAAGGAGAAGCUGAGUUCAGGAUGUGGGAGGAAGACCAACCUGAUAACCACCGGAAUGAAUACUGUGCCGUGUUGAAGGAUAAAGAAUGGUGGGAUUAUCGUUGCCAUGAUAAACGGUAUUUCAUCUGCUACAAUGGUACUGUAAAAGCCCAAGGCCAGUCCAGAUUCAUCCUGGUGAGAGAAAACAAGACCUGGGCGGAGGCUCAGAGCCACUGCAGGCAGCACUUCACAGACCUGGCCAGCGUGAGGAACCAACAUGAGAACGAGGAGAUUUUCUCUUUGGUCAGCAAGGCAAACCAUCAGUGGGCCGUGUGGAUCGGCCUGUUCGUAGACGACUGGAAGUGGUCAGACGGGAGCGCCGUGUCAUUCAAUAACUGGAACGCAUGGUGGUCAGAUGGAAUAAACACACAGAACUGUAUGGCUACAAAGAGAGGCAAAUGGAAGAUGUCACGUUGCAGUGACAGAAACUACUUUGUCUGCUACGGUGCUGCGGAUGAGGAACCGCAGCCGACUCCCAAUGGAUCUUGAAGCGGCUCUGUUGCAACUGCUGCAACGAGCGACCGAGCGGGGCCUGAGUGACGGCGUCCAGAGGAGACGGGGGACGCAGC